AUGAACCAAGUCCCUCUUGCUCACAAAACUGCCCUUGUCACGGGCGCCGGAGGCGGUUUGGGCAGAGCGAUCGCCGAACAGUUCCUGCUCGAAGGCGCCAAUGUCGUGAUCUGUGACAUCAACCAGGAGCUGCUUAAUGACUUCAAAGAGAAAGUCUCGGCUGGUUAUCCGGAGUGCACACUCGUCCUCGAGACCGACAUCACUAAAGAGGAUGCUCUUGACGAGAUUUUCGAGAAGGCGGAGAAGAUGUUCAAGAAGAUCGAUUUCGUUGUCAACUCGGCCGGGAUGAUGGAUCGCUUCGACCCAGUCGGUGAGAUGGAGAAGACGAUGUGGGAUCGUGUUCUUGCUUUGAACUUGACGGCGCCGGCGAUGGUGACGAAGCGGGCGGUCAACUCGAUGGUGAAGAAUGAGGUCAAGGGAGCCAUCGUUAACAUUGCUUCUGUUGCGGCAUUCCGAGGUUUUACUUCUGGGGCGGCGUACACCGUCAGCAAGCAUGGUCUGUUGGGCUUGACCAAGAACACAGCAGUCUUCUACGGCCCGAAAGGCAUUAGGUGCAACGCAAUCAUGGCAGGUGCUAUGGAAACCAACAUCUCUAAAUCCUUCCAGCAGACGGGUAUCAAUAUGGAAGGCUACGGACUCAUGCGGCAGACCUUCCCGGAAGAGACGUUCGUUUCUGUUGAGGUUGAGAAGGUGGCCAAGCUGGUAACGUAUCUCUGCUCCGACAGCGGGUCGAUUGUCAACGGAGCGUGUUGGACGGCUGACGGAGGCGUGACGGCGAACUGA